UUCUAGCUAUAAACACUGCUUGCAGACCUCCACUCCACCACGCCUCCUCCAAGUCCCAGAGAGCCCGCGUGCAACCUGUCCCGACUCUAGCCGCCUGUUCAGCUCGCCAUGGAUCCCAACUGCUCCUGCGCCGCCGGUGACUCCUGCACCUGCGCCGGCUCCUGCAAAUGCAAAGAGUGCAAAUGCACCUCCUGCAAGAAAAGCUGCUGCUCCUGUUGCCCUGUGGGCUGUGCCAAGUGUGCCCAGGGCUGCAUCUGCAAAGGGGCGUCGGACAAGUGCAGCUGCUGCGCCUGAUGCUGGGACAGCCCUGCUCCCAGAUGUAAAUAACGCGACCUCUACAAACCUGGAUUUUUUUAUGUACAACCCUGACCCUGACCGUUUGCUAUAUUCCUUUUUCUAUGAAAUAAUGUGAAUGAUAAUAAAACAGCUUUGACUUGA